UAUGGUGGAAGGGUCGUGCCGCAGUGUAAAAUUCACAGUCUUUAUUUAUUUUCAUGUAUUUUGCUAUAUUUUUUGAAUUGUAAUCAUGAUGGAGGGUUCAUUAAGUAAAUGGACGAAUGUGAUGAAAGGGUGGCAGUACCGGUGGUUCGUGCUGGACGAAAAUGCUGGCCUGCUUUCUUAUUACACGUCUAAAGAGAAAAUGACCCGAGGAGUUAGAAGAGGCUGCGUGCGGCUGAGGGCAGCUGUCAUAGGCAUCGAUGAUGAAGACGAUUCCACCUUCACCAUUACCGUAGACCAUAAGACUUUCCACUUCCAGGCCAGAGACGGUUCAGAAAGAGAACGAUGGGUGCGAGCACUGGAGGACACUAUAGCUAGACACGGCAGACGGGAGAGGUGGUCGCGGUGCAUGCCCGCGCCCAGACACAGGCACGGAGACCUGGAGAGGAGGAUAUCCGAGGCUGACGCGUAUCUACAAAUUAUGAUUGAGCUAGUUUCUAAAAUGAGUAUCCGCGUGUCGGAGUUAGCUGAUCCACACGAAAAGAAUAAAGGACAAGUUAUAUUAGACCAUUCCAAUGUCAUGCUGGACAAUAUAAAACAUUCCAUUGUACUGCUACAAAUAGCUAAGAACACAGUAAAUCCAGUAAACGGAGUCUAUACGGGACCUACGAACCCUUCACAAUCACAUAUCAAACAAGACGCGGAGCUGUCACCUCGCGUGGAGCUGGGUGCGGAGUGUCGCGAGCUGGCCACGCCUACACAUCCACUCCCGCCGCUUGAACACCUGGAAGCUCCUCCGAUGUCCCUGCUGGUGCCAGACACGUCUUACUCGUCGUCGGAGGGCGAGGAUGACUUCUAUGACGCUGAUGACGCGCCCGCCGACACUGUACUGCCGGGACCAAGCGCUAGUCGCACUUGCCAGGCGGAGGGCGCGCCGGAGCAGGACUCCGCGCAGCCCACCGUCGACCUGCCACGCACCCGCGAUGGAGAGAUCGACUAUGAUGCGCUGUACGAGGACGAGUCGGACAGCGACCUCGGGUCUAUGGAGAACCAUGGAUCCGUGGUCACCCAUCUACUGUCACAAGUCAAGAUUGGAAUGGAUCUCACUAAGGUUGUGCUACCUACAUUCAUACUAGAGAGGCGAUCGCUUCUAGAGAUGUACGCAGACUCCUUCGCGCACCCUGACCAAUUUGUUAAGAUAGUAGACCAGCCGACUCCUCGCGAUCGCAUGAUACAAGUAGUGCGUUGGUACCUGAGCUCAUACCAUGCCGGCCGCAAGUCACAGGUCGCUAAGAAACCAUACAAUCCCAUACUGGGAGAGGUGUUCAGAUGUCACUGGGACCUGGACGGCAUGCCUGAGAACAAUUCUAGUAAUGAUAAGCAAGAAGUAGGUGACGGGCCAGUACCGUGGUGUUCUCCAGACCAGCUAUCCUUCGUAGCAGAGCAAGUAUCCCACCACCCGCCCAUAUCAGCGUUCUACGCGGAGCAUGUGAACAAACGUAUACAGUUCGAGGCCUGGGUGUGGACUAAGAGCAAAUUCCUCGGCCUCUCCAUCGGAGUACAUAAUAUUGGUAAAGGAACUGUCACGCUGUUGGAUACCGGAGAAGAAUAUACGCUUACAUUCCCUAAUGGAUAUGGCAGAUCAAUACUAACAGUCCCCUGGAUAGAGCUGGGUGGCUCAGUCGUCAUAGAAUGCGUCCAAACUGGCCACAAAGCGAAUAUCGAGUUCUUGACCAAGCCAUUCUACGGCGGCAAGAAACAUCGAGUGACGUGUGAAGUAUUCGCUGGAGCCGACAAGAAACCCUACUAUACAGCACAAGGAGAAUGGAACUCCAGAAUGGAUGGCAGAUGGACUGACUCUGGUCGCUCAGAAGUCCUGUUCGAAGUGAGCAGUAUGAAGGCGCGGCGCAAGCGCGUGGCGCCAGUGUCGCGGCAACAAGGCCACGAGUCGCGGCGCGUGUGGCGCCACGUGACGUGCGCGCUGCGCGGCGCCGACUGCGACGCCGCCACGGCCGCCAAGCGCGCCGUCGAGCAGGCGCAGCGGGACGCCGUCAAGGCCAGGGACGCCAACGGGGAGAAGUGGAACACGCUGCUGUUCAGUCCGAAGGGCGACGACGGUUGGGAGUAUAUGACGCCGCUGUCCAAACGUGUUCCCUCCGCUAAGACGACGCCACAACACAAAAACGGUGAAACGGCAGAGAACACUAGAUAAUCUACUCAAAUACCAACCUUGGACUAUUAGGAUAAGGUAGAAAUUCCUUUGUCACAGCAAAACGGACCUUGUAGGGUAGGACAAUGUUCACAGUGACGCACUGUUCCAAUGACAUUACACUUCGGGUAUCUCCGGCAAUCGUCGGGCGUGAGAGAGAGAUGGGGGACAUCUGUCUUCUUUUUCUAUUAUUCGAAGUGUUGUGUCGUUUAUUUUAGGUAUCGGGAAAGUUGGACCGUUGUUGUCUCUUUUGCCAUAAUUUUACGGUUUUGGAUGUCGCGCAUGCUAUGGGGAGUAAGAAAUAAUAAUAAUUGUUUACUGACAUAAUGUGGAAUAUAAAGGAUUCGAAUUACCAUUUCAAUGGCUUUAUAUCAAACAGAAUUUUAUGAUGCGUUCACAAUCCGACAAAAAUCUUAAUAGUAAAGUAAUAAAGUUUAGUCUAGUAAAGAAAGACAGUUUGUAUCUGUUGAAAGAAAGGGACACAAGAAAUGUUUAAGUGAGACAACAAUACAUUUACAGUCCUUACCUUCUUAAACAUAGUUACUUGGGCUCAAGUCCAAACGAGAAAUCGAAGGUCAAGUUUUAACGGCUUGAAUGCACCUAUAUGAGACA